GGAGGGGGGUGGGAAGAACCACAUUCACGACUAGUUCCAGAGAGUUAUAUAAAAAAGCUGCAGAACUAGCAUCCAUCCUCAUCCACAGUGUCAUUUCGGAAGCCAAGUGAGGAGGCUGGGAAAGCUGCACACUGCAGUUGUUCUGAAAUCCACACUGUUUUUCACUCUGGACUCCAGAGGUUACACCCAGGAUCACAAUAACCUCUCUUCCUGACAGAAAAUUAACUGGCAGCAAGACAUCAUGGACGAGUUUGAAUAUCUCUUUGAUGAUUCUGAGAAUUACACCUAUUCCUUUGAGUUUUCUCAAGAAGAGCAGGAAUUGGAAGAGAAGUCUCACCUGGGAACUGUACAGUGGAUUUCUCUUGUGUUAUAUAGCUUAGCAUUUGUCCUUGGGGUGCCAGGAAAUGCCAUAGUCAUCUGGUUCACAGGGUUUAAGUGGAAAAAGACCGUCGCCACUCUCUGGUUCCUCAAUCUGGCCAUUGCAGAUUUCAUUUUUGUUCUCUUCCUGCCUCUUUACAUCUCCUACGUGGCCAUGAAUUUCCAUUGGCCCUUUGGCACCUGGCUGUGUAAAGCCAACUCCUUCAUUGCCCUGUUGAACAUGUUUGCCAGUGUGUUCUUCCUCACGGUGAUCAGCCUGGACCGGUACAUUCAUCUGAUUCACCCCAUCUUCUCUCAACGUUACCGAACGCCAAAAAAUGCCCUUUUUGUCAUUGGUCUAGUCUGGCUGAUGGCAGUUAUGAUUGGUGGUCCUGCCUUGUACUUCAGGGAGACUCUGAACAUCAACAGCCACACUAUCUGCUACAACAACUUCCACCAGAAUGAUACCAGCAUCAUUUUAAUGAGGCACCACGUUCUGACCUGGAUAAAAUUUGUUUUUGGUUAUCUCCUUCCCCUGCUCACCAUGAUCAUUUGUUAUUCACUGCUUGUCCUCCAGGUGAAAAAGAGAGCAACUCUCACGUCCAGCAAGCACUUCUGGACAAUACUGGCCGUGGUGCUGGCCUUUGUCAUUUGUUGGACCCCCUUUCACCUCUUCAGCAUUUGGGAGCUCUCAAUUCACCACAGCAACCACUUCCACCAUGUGCUUCAGGCAGGACUUCCCCUCUCUACUGGUUUAGCUUUCUUCAACAGUUGCCUGAACCCUCUUCUUUAUGUCUUAAUUAGUAAGAAGUUCCAGGUUCGCUUCCGGACUUCAGUUGCUGAACUCUUAAAACAUACAUUAAGGGAGGUUAGCUGGUCAGGAACAAUGAGUGAACAGUUUAAACACUCAGAGACUAAGAAUCUGUGCCUCUUAGAAAUGACUCAGUGAGGAAGACAAAAUUAAAGCUUAAACAAUAUAAAACAAAAGAAAACCAAAUUGACUAUGACACUUGAGUAAGAAGCAACUGGUUUUACUGAUAAAAUAAUCAAGGCAGGCAAAUACUGGCUGAUUAACAACUUUUUCAGUGAACCUCUGUGUGUCUCUUGACAGGGAUAUCUUUGAAUCAAAUCUAAUUAUAAGAUAUCCUGCGAGACAUUUUUCUAUCUGUUGACUGUGGUAACCCCAUUUAGGGUUGUCGCAGAUAUGGGAAGAAGCUUGUUUAAUUUGAUUGUUACUUAUCAUGCUAUACUGACAUAGUCUUUGAUAGUGAAGUAUUUUAUUAUUUUCUUAGAAUAACUUAAAAGAUCUUGGAGUUUAUUAUUAAAGAUAAGAUAGAUCUUUCCAAGAAUGUUAAGUUAUAUGUGGCUUCUAACAUUCAUUUUCAUUUUUGUCAAUAACCUCACAGACAUAGCCACAAAAUCACUAAUAGGUUUAUUCUUAAUUGUAUGUCAUUCAUGCAUUCUCCCCAAAGCAUAGAUGUUAUAUUCAUGAAAAAUGUAUUAUUACAAAUAUAAGUAAAUCCUUAAAACUGUGUGUGUGAGAGAGAAAGAGAGACAGAGUGAAUGUUAAGAACAUCAAAAAGCCACAGAUUGACAUCUAAGUAAACAGUAAAUUUGGCCAAAAGAAAAUGGGAAAAAUACAGAAUUCGAACUCAAAAAGCCUAGGACUCAAUAUUGAAUUUGAUUCUACCAGUUCCAUGAUUUUAAACAAGUUACUUUGGGCCUCAGUUAUUUAUUUUUACAAUUAAAAAGUUGGAAUAGAAGAUGAACUGUAGGAUUCCUUCUCCCACAAUCCUAUAAGUUCGUAAAAUGAAGGAUUUGAUGACAUAACUUCAUUCCACUACUUCUCCAUAUUGUGAUUAAAAAAAAAAAGUCCAAUGCACAAGUCAUCUCAUAUAAAAAACAACUCCUUUUAACAAACUAAGUGCCUACUGUAUGCAAGGGAUCAUGCUAAGUACGGAGCACAUAUAGACAAAAGGGAAAUAAAUAAUACUUGCUUAUAGGGAGCUUAUGGUCCACUUAGGCUCUCCUGUUCUGUAGAAAUUGAUCUCCACCUGCCAAGAAGUAGAGUUGGUAAGAGCUAAAAAAAAAUGAGAUUCUGGUCUUCUGACUUCCAAUUUCAAGAGAGAAGUUAUGUCAUUUCAGAAUCUCUUCAGAUUGCUGAAGAGAGAAAGAUCCAGGAAGAUCUUCUUCUGAGAAGUUGACAUAUGUAGAAGCCGUCAUUUCAAUCAUGUCCCUAUUCCUGUUUUACAAUACUAGAGACUGGAAAUUUCCCCUUGGAUGAGAUCUGAGACUCUCUUGGUUGAGAUGAAUUACCUCCCUCUCAAAGAGAGAGCCCAUGCCUUCUGUGUUUUUCUGGUAUAAUCUCAUAUGUAUGCCUUUUUUUUAUUUCUGAUUACUCUCUUUUGAACAAAUGGAUUUAUCUACUAUUUGCUACAUGUCUUUGUUUAACUGACAGCCUUGGAUAUAUAGCUUAUAGCACUCCUUUUCCUUUAAGAAACAAAGAUCAGGAGUUCAGCUUGAACUAAACAUUAUUUCCCCUCUAUGGACAAUAUUUAAAUAUUUCAGAUAGAUAUAAUUGUAGCCUAGUUCUCUGUGUCUCUGUGUCCCUGUGUGUCUCUCUGUUUCUGUGUCUCUGUUGGUCAUUUUUUGUCUGUCUGUCUUUGUCUGUCCAAAAAACUCCACAGUGAUCUGCUUCCCCUCCCAGCAGGAAACAAAGCACAAAUAACUGAAUGGUGAGAAAAGGAGAGAUGGUUUGGUGAAUGAUAGAUAGGCAAAGUCUGUGUAAGUCCUGGUAAUUUGAGAUAUGUCCUAAAGGAAGCUAAAGGUUCUGUUCUUCAAUUGGUCAAUUAUAAUUCUAAUGUAAGCGAAACAAGCAAAUAACUAUUUUCAUAUAAAAUAAAUACUAAAUAAAUAAAAGGAAAUCUCAGAACGAAGCAGUAGCAGUAUUAGGGGAGGAAGGAAGAUGAGAUGUGACCAGGAAAGAAAGGGGUUUAGUCCAAGCAUAGGAGGAAAGCAGGAAUAUAAAGGCACAAAAAUAGAACAGCAAGUAUGUUAAUAUAGUUGAUUGUAGGGUUUGUAGAGGGGAGUCAUGUAAGAAAACUUGGAAAAGUAGGAAGAAGCCAGUUUGUGAAGGGCUUUCAAGGUCAAAUGUGGAAGAUUAUGUUUGAUCCUGGGGGUGACAGGGAGCCACUGUGUUAAGAUGAAAAUGAGAGAGGGUAACAUGAUCAAAUGAUUUAGGAACAUUACUCUUGCAGCUGAAGGAAGGAUGGAUUCAAAUGGAGAGAAAUUCAAGGCUAAGAGACCAAUUAGAAGAUUAUUGUUAUAUAGACAUGAAAUAAAUUAAAAUUUUGGUACCAGUUUAUACACAAGUAUACACAUUUACCAGAUUAUACACAGUAACAGCACGAUUACACAAUAAUCAACUAUGAUAGACUUAGCUCUUCUCAGCAAUACAGUGAUC